AUGCAAUUCAAAAAGAGACACCUCGCUGCUCUCCUCUUCUCCCUCUCCUCUCUUAUUCCCACGGCCACUGCUAUCGAUUGCUACUCGCACAAUGGUGUCAACGCAAACUCCUCCGAAUUCUACAACGCCACCCGCGAUGGAGCCUUGAUUGCGUGCGGCACAGGCGCGACGACCUGCUGCCUAGAGAGCGAGUACUGCGACGUCGAUCUGCUCUGCCAUUCUCGUAGUACUGGCGAGUACACAAGGCAGUAUUGCACGGAUCCGGAUUGGCCCGAGGAUGCAUGUUCGCAGCUUUGUCCUAGCUACGGCGCCGCCGGUAUUGCCUUAACAGCAUGCGACAACGCCGGGACGAAAUUCUGCUGCGGCCCCAACGCAGACGACUGCUGCAAAGCCGGGAACUAUACGCAGAUUAACAAGAAGAACGGGCAGAUUGUGGCUAUCGGAACCAGCACGGUCCCCACGACUACUACCUCGGCUACGCCUACUUCGUCCUCGAAUGCGACUACAAGUGGUAGCGGUGCGUCUGCGACGACGACGGCUGCCGAUACGAAUGCGGCGGAUAGCGGCGAUGGUCUGACCGAGCAGUCGAAGCUUGGGAUCGGGCUUGGUGUUGGUCUUGGUGUUCCGUUUUUGAUCGCUGCUGGUGUGGCGCUGUUUCUUUGGAGACGGUCGCUUGCUGCGAAGACGGGUGCCGGUGCGGAGAAGAAUACGGGUGCUACUGGGACUGGGGCUGCUGGUGCUGGGGAUCCUAAUGCCGGCGCGCCGUAUGAAGUUGCUGGUUCUGCUGCGCCGCCAUAUGGACAUGGGUUGCACAGGCACAGGUAUCGGGGCAUGAUGUUACUGGGAACCGGAGUAAGGGUGUGCAUCAGCUUGAGGCUAAUGAGGCGCGGGUGGAGUUGGAGGAUGCGAGGGUUCAUGAAAUGCCGUAGGCGCUUUGCUCUGGGGUAG